CGGGGGGGGGAGGCGUGGGUAAGGCCGGCAUGAAGGAGAGGUGAAGCGGGAGGACGACCGGCGGGAGGAGGAGCGGGGAGGGUCCGACGUUCCCAUGAAGGACUGGGAGACGACCGGAGGACGGGAGGCGAGAGAGACGCGCGCUCCGGGAGCAGAGGAAGGCACGAUGAGCGCUGCAGGCGAGGAGGUGGCUCCGCCUCCUCCGCCUCCUCCUCCUCUUCCGCCUCUUCCUCCUCCAGACGAGAUGGAGUGCAAGAUCUGCUACCAGCGCUACAACCUGCGGAACCGCCGGCCCAAAGUCCUGGCCUGCCUCCACCGGGUGUGCGCCCGCUGCCUCGGCCGCAUCCUGGACGCGGCCGAGGGCGGAUCCCUCGCCAUCUCCUGCCCCUUCUGCCGCCGCGAGACCGGCGUGAGCGGCCGCCGGCUGCUGCUGUCCGAGCUGCCGGACGACGCCGGCGUCGUGGGCCGCCUGUCGACGCGCGACAAGUCCUGGAGCUCCGACCUCAGCGGCGGCGAGCUGCUGCUGACCCCCGGCAGCCUCGCCGCCGCCUCCCCGUCCUCCUCCGCCUCCAGCCCCUCGCGCCGGUCCUCCCACUGCCUGGUCAUCACCGUCGUGGAGGUGCCCGGAGAGCCUCCCUCGGAGCUGAACACGGAACAGAGCCUGGACUCCCUGUCGACGGGCUCCGAGGGGCUGCCGGAACGGGACGUCCUGUUCAAGGCGUGCACCCACGUCCCUAGCGUGCUGCUGUGGCUGCUGGGCUUCUUCUACCUGAGCUCGCUGCCGCUGGGAAUCUACCUGUUGGUGAUCCAAAGGGUGACCCUGGGCGUGGUGUGUGUGAGCCUGGUGCCCUCUAGCCUCACCGUCUGCCUGGUCUACGGCAUUUGCCUUCUAGUGCCUCUGCCAGGGCGCGAGUGACCUCCAGGGGAGGGGUGAAUGAGCGGUACAGGAGCCUGAUGGCGGGGCCACCGGGACCCCCAGGGCGGUGAGACCCCCAGCCGGUGAGACACCGACGAGGUCCUUUAAAGAGGUCCACGGUCCAGAAUUUAAGGGUUGUUGUGUUUUUCAAAAAAUAUGUGAAUUAAAGGCAUGUCAGGUGAUGCGAUGCGAGUGGAAUCCCCGGUAGCUGAUCAGUGCAAUCGGGGUAUUAAAAAGGGAUUUGUGUUAAGACUCUCCCAAAGUCGAAAUCUGUAAAUUCUGUCUAUGAAAUGGUUCAACACAUCAUACUAACAAGCCUGUAUGCCGACGACCUAUGACUUCUGAGCAUAUCUAUUAGUUGUAAUGUGUAUCUGCUUCUGCCCUCCUUACAAUACAAUUGGACAUUUCCAUUUCAAACCUAUUAAACAUUUUAAAUAAGUCAGUGACUAACUCACUGUGGGAUUAGACGGCACAGGUGCAUGGAUUCACCUUCAACCGUUGUUCGGUCCCCCGUGAGAAAACAGAUUGCAUCAUGGGUGAUCGAUGUCCUCUGGACCGACUCAGGUGUUGUUGUGGCGACAGGUGGUGUUUAUAUGACGCAACGCAGCUCACAUUCUGACAAUGGUUUCUUUCUUGGUGCCGUUCACAUGAACCUCCGAAGAUCACUUCUGGCGAGUCGGUCGAUGUUACUUUUCCAGACAGUGAUGCCUGCCUAUUCCUUGCUAUAUGGCAGACGUACAUUACUCAUAAACAUAGUAAUGAUAAUACUUAUCUAAGGACAUGUGGCCAACAACGUGAAACAAAAGUCACUGUUCCCUCUUCAAAAUACAUUUGACUUUUGUGACUUUUGUGCCCGGCCGAGAUCAUGAGAUAUCUGAAGUCUGAGGAACCUGAGGCUGUAAACUAAUCUAUUGAUGAAGAGACACUCUGUAUACUAGAGGUCACCUCUUCUGUCCACCUAGCCAACUGCAAAGAGACAGAUGGCAAAACAACCGACUACAAUGUACAAUGCUAAAGGGGUGGUUACUUUAAGGGGCUUGCACCACGCCCCAACACACACCAACACACAGCUAUAGAAUGCGGGCCCAGGUUGACCAAAGCCUAUUGGACAUGUUCACCACCAAUAACCUCCAACCUUUAACCGCCAACAGACGCCACCACGAGGGGGCACACUGGCCCCAUGCGGGCGUUUGUGGACGCAUUUUGGAGCAUCAGUGAGCACUUUAACAUGUCAUUAAUUAGGUAUUUCAAAAGCUUAAUUAAGGUUCUAAGAGAUUAGAGAGUUAAAACCUUUCUCAAUCUGCGUUCUUGUCUGUAUCUGUGUCGUUGUAUAAUGUCAUCUUUUGCAGUCCAAUUACUGUCCCAAUAUACAAGUUUGCAUUUCGCGAAGAACAGAGUAUUCUCGAAACGUUUUUCAGCGGAUGCAACGUUGGUAGCUUGUGUGAACUUGGCAGCACAGAUAUCCCAGCAUUCAUUUCGUCAUUCAAGCUAAGAGCGGUGAGCAGUACCGUACCGUAUAGUUUCAUUAUCCAAGAUGCUAUGGUUCAACGUUGUAUAUUAUUACUGUUUACAUUUUUAGGAGCCAGCCCCAAAAAAAGGAGACAAUAGACCUCUGGAACCAACCGCCUACAUCUCCACUCUAUAAUCUAUGACCUAAACCACAACCAACCAAUCAGAAGAGUGGGUGGUUAUACUGGAACUGUCUUUGUUGUGAUCAACUUAACUCCUCCUGUCUCUCUGUGUCUGUGACUCUCUACCCCUCUCCGGUCGGUCUCUGUACUGUGCUUCUGAAGAAGUGUGUGUGCAGGACUAUAAUAAAGACAGCACAAUUUUGUUACUUUA